AAAAUGCCCACGCUUCCGUUGGAGAAUGGAAAUUGGCAAAGAGAUGGGGAAAAGGUCCAGUUUGCACCUUUGCUAUUUUAGGGGAGGUUGAAAUUACGAGCCAAAGUGGAGUGAUGCGCUCACUGGAGUGAUCUCCGUUCCUCAAGACGGGAGAAAACCUAGGUCCUCUGCUUGUGAAGUGGCUCGAGCUCUUCGGCGCGAGGCAUUAUUACAUAAAUUCAAGCUCGCUCCUGAUCCUUAGUACCCUGAGUUGCCUGAAGGGGGGAAUGGCACUGCCUGCGUGUGCAGCCCGGGCGCUGAGGCCGCCGCUGCAACCGGAGCGAGGAGCGCCCGCCCGCACCACCUGUCCCCGCCGGCAUUCCAGAGUAGAGGCCGAAUUGGCAGCAAGCCGGCCCGGAUCAGUCGCCGCCUCAGUCCGCGCGGGCCCUCCUAGGGGUGUGUCUCGCGGAUUCAACUCCCAGCCGCUCCUGGACGAGCCCCUAAAGGCGUCUUCCUCCCUGGCGGGAGCCGCGCACGCCCCUCUCUUCGCGCUGCUGCCCCGAGGCCGCCGCAGGCGGAUGCACGACCUCAGGAGACGCUGGGACCUGGGCUCCCUCUGCCGGGCCCUGCUCACUCGGGGCCUGGCCGCCCUGGGCCACUCGCUGAAGCACGUGCUCGGUGCGGUCUUCUCCAAGAUUUUCGGCCCCCUAGCCAGCGUCGGGAACAUGGAUGAGAAAUCCAACAAGCUGCUGCUGGCUUUGGUGAUGCUCUUCCUAUUUGCCGUGAUCGUCCUCCAGUACGUGUGCCCCGGCACAGAAUGCCAGCUCCUCCGCCUGCAGGCAUUCAGCUCCCCGAUGCCGGACCCGUACCGCUCGGAGGAUGAGAGCUCCGCCAGGUUCGUGCCCCGUUACAAUUUCAGCCGCGGCGACCUCCUGCGCAAGGUAGACUUCGACAUCAAGGGCGAUGACCUGAUCGUGUUCCUGCACAUCCAGAAGACCGGCGGCACCACUUUCGGCCGCCACCUGGUGCGCAACAUCCAGCUGGAGCAGCCGUGCGAAUGCCGCGUGGGUCAGAAGAAAUGCACUUGCCACAGGCCGGGUAAGCGGGAGACCUGGCUCUUCUCCAGGUUCUCCACGGGCUGGAGCUGCGGGCUGCACGCCGACUGGACCGAGCUUACCAGCUGCGUGCCCGCGGUGGUGGACGGCAAACGCGACGCCAGGCUAAGACCAUCCAGGAACUUCCACUACAUCACCAUCCUCCGAGACCCCGUGUCUCGGUACCUGAGUGAGUGGAGGCAUGUCCAGAGAGGGGCGACAUGGAAAGCAUCCCUGCAUGUCUGCGAUGGGAGGCCCCCAACCUCCGAAGAGCUGCCCAGCUGCUACACUGGUGAUGACUGGUCUGGCUGCCCCCUGAAAGAGUUCAUGGACUGUCCCUAUAACCUAGCCAACAACCGCCAGGUGCGCAUGCUUUCCGACCUGACCCUAGUAGGCUGCUACAACCUCUCUGUCAUGCCCGAAAAGCAGAGAAACAAGGUCCUCCUGGAAAGUGCCAAAUCGAAUCUGAAGCACAUGGCGUUCUUUGGCCUCACUGAGUUUCAGCGGAAGACCCAGUAUCUAUUUGAGAAGACCUUCAACAUGAACUUUAUUUCGCCAUUUACCCAAUAUAAUACCACCAGGGCCUCUAGUGUAGAGAUCAAUGAGGAAAUCCAAAAGCGUAUCGAGGGACUGAAUUUCCUGGAUAUGGAAUUGUACACCUAUGCAAAAGACCUCUUUUUGCAAAGGUAUCAGUUUAUGAGGCAGAAGGAGCAUCAGGAAGCUAGGCGGAAGCGCCAGGAACAACGCAAGUUUCUGAAGGGAAGGUUCCUUCAGACCCAUUUCCAGAGUCAGAGUCAGGGCCAGAGCCAGAAUCCGAGUCAGAAUCCGAGUCAGAACCCAAAUCUGAAUGCAAAUCAGAAUGUGACUCAGAAUCUGAUUCAGAAUCUGACUCAGAGUUUGAGUCAGAAUUUGAGCCAGAAUUCGAGCCAGAAGGAGAACGGGGAAAGCCAGAAGCAGAAUCCAGGCCAAGAGCAGAGUGAUAGCAACACCAGCAAUGGCACCAAUGACUAUAUAGGCAGUGUAGAGAAAUGGCGUUAAAUGGCUCCCAAAGGCUUUUGCACACUGCUCCCAAAGCGCCAGUAAAAAUAUGGCAAAUCUUAAAAGAUGAGAGUGUCCAAACACAUCCUGCUUCCUUAAGUUUGGAAGUUAAAAACAGUUAAGAUGUUGCCUUUACAGUUGCCUUUCCAUUAAAUGUUAUACUGUGCGUGGGUAAAACAAAUUUCAAUAUAUAAUUAAAGUGUCUUUUUUUUUUGGUUUGUUGGACUGUUUAUAAAAUCCAAAAGCCAAACCAGGCUCACCAGAAAUUGCUGUUUAAGUAUUUUAAGUUCUUAAGUUAGUUACAGAGACAAAAUGAAAACAUAAAAUGUGGCCAUUCAACUUAUGGCUAAGAAAUGGACUUUAAAUUAUUCAUGACACACUGUCAAAACCCAAUCUUGGUAGCAAACAUUUUUUCCAGGGGUAAGCAUGAAUAUAAACAU